UCGAAACAUUUCCAAUGGCCAUGCCGACAUGUUCUCUCUCAGACAGCUCAAUCAGCUGAAAACUUGAGGAAGAAGAAACUAGAGAGGGUUUUUUGACCUGAUUAUUUAUUUUGGCUGACUCAUUCUUCUCACAUCCCAACAAAUUUUCGUUGAUAUCUGUCUCUGUCUUCAUUUCCGACAUGGAAUUUGUUCAACAUCAAUUCUUUUCUUUAGCUUUAUGAUCCCUCACAAAUAAAUAAUGUCCCUCUCUCAAUUUGCAGCAAACCGCUGACGAUCAAAAGAGAAAUAUAGAAAGCAAGGAAAGAUGGGCGGAGAAGAGAAGAUAUUGGUGUCGGUGAGGGUUAGGCCGCUAAACGAGAAAGAGAAGACGAGGAACGAUAGAUGCGAUUGGGAAUGUAUCAACGACACCACAAUCAUCUGCAAAUUCCAUAAUUUGCCUGAUAAGUCUUCCUACACAUUUGACAAGGUAUUUGGAUUCGAAUGCCCCACGAAGCAAGUUUACGAUGAUGGAGCAAAAGAAGUUGCACUUUGUGUCCUCUCCGGAAUUAACUCGAGCAUUUUCGCGUAUGGACAGACAAGUAGUGGGAAAACGUACACCAUGAGUGGAAUCACUGAAUUUGCAAUGGACGAUAUAUUUGCUUACAUUGACAAGCAUAAACAAGAAAGAAAAUUCACUCUAAAAUUCUCAGCCAUGGAAAUCUACAAUGAAGCUGUAAGGGAUCUCCUUUGUGAAGAUAGUAGCACUCCACUUAGGCUUUUAGAUGAUCCAGAGAGAGGAACGGUCGUUGAGAAACUUAGAGAGGAGACUCUCAGAGACAGGAGUCAUCUUGAGGAACUUCUUUCUAUAUGCGAGACUCAGAGGAAGAUUGGAGAGACAUCUUUAAAUGAGAUUAGCUCCAGAUCUCAUCAGAUUCUCCGACUGACAAUUGAAAGCUCGAGUCAACAAUUUUCUCCAGAGAGCUCAGCGACUCUUGCAGCAUCAGUGUGCUUUGUUGAUCUAGCUGGAAGUGAACGUGCUUCUCAGACAUUAUCUGCUGGUUCAAGACUCAAAGAAGGUUGUCACAUUAAUCGGAGUUUACUUACUCUCGGUACUGUCAUCCGGAAACUAAGCAAAGGGAAAAAUGGACAUAUACCAUAUAGAGACUCAAAGCUAACUCGUAUACUUCAGAACUCAUUGGGUGGAAACGCAAGAACGGCUAUCAUCUGUACAAUGAGCCCUGCACGUAGUCAUCUCGAACAAUCAAGAAACACUCUUCUCUUUGCAACUUGUGCUAAAGAGGUGACCACAAAUGCUCAAGUCAAUUUGGUUGUGUCUGAGAAAGCUUUGGUGAAGCAACUGCAGCGGGAACUGGCGAGAAUGGAGAAUGAGUUGAAGAAUCUUGGACCUGCUUCUGCUUCUUCAACCUCUGAUUUCUACGCGUUAAUGCUCAAACAGAAAGAAGAGUUGAUUGCAAAGAUGGAGGAACAAAUCCAUGAACUUAAAUGGCAAAGAGAUGUAGCUCAAUCUCGGGUCGAGAAUUUGCUUAAAUCAACAGCGGAAGAGCGGUCAUCUUCAAGUUCAAUGGAUAGCAGAAGAAGAAGAAUAAGCUACGAUUCAACGGAUUUUGAUGAGCCUCGAAUGCUAAAUAACUUGGGGAAGAGUAACUUGUACUCUCCUGAUGAGGAUGGUUUCCUGCUGGAUGAUACUACCCCUCAAUUUCCGGGGCAUAACCUACAUGAUAAAUGGGAGGAGAUGGCUCAAAGCACCACCCAAGAACCAGAAGAUGCUUGCAAAGAAGUUAGAUGCAUUGAAGUAAACAGUGGAGAAGCAGAAAGAGUUCAAAUCCAAGACUCACUAGAUGACAUUGUUGAAAAGAAGGAAUAUGAACAAAACUAUGAGUCCCAAAAGGAUGAUGCUGAUUCAUCUAUAAAAAACAUAGAUAUGGAGUUGAGUUUAUAUACUAAACCUGAAGCUGAAGAUGGGGUAAGUGUAAAGAAAUUAAUAGAAGACGUCCAAGAGACUGAGCAAUCUGUGGAGAAACAAAAGCAAUCUCCAAAGAAAGAAGAAAUGGAACAGUAUUUGUCUAGAGAUAUGUCAGAGCAAGUAACGAAGUCACUCCCUGAAGAAGAGCAAUGUGUACAAGAAUAUGGAGCCUAUGAUAAACUUGAAGCUCAAGAUGUGCUAACUAUAAACAAGUUAGAAGAAUCCCAACAGACUGAGCAAUCUGUGGAGAAGGAAGACACAAAAAAGAAUUUGUCUUCAAAGAAAGAAGACUUAAAACAGAAUUUAUCUAUGGAUCAGUCAGAGCAAUUAUAUAAAUCACCUCCAGAGGAUGAGAAAUGUGUAGAGGUGUAUGAAGGGUCUGAUAAAGACGAUAAUACAUAUGAGGCUCUGAAGAAAAAGGUCAAGGAAAUGCAGAAGACAAUUGAGUACUUUAUGAGUAUUCAAUCAGCAGAAGAGAAACAAUCUCCUUCGUUUAAUAUUAUAGAUGAUACUUUGAGUCCAGGAGAGUAUUUCAAGAUGAGAAGAAGCCGAAGUUGCAGAGAAAAUCUCUUGUUUACAAAGGCGGCGGCUGCUGCUGCUAGUAGAGGUUUCAUAUUCGAGACCACUAACACAUCCUUUGAUUCAGAUAUCACUGUCUCCAUGGACGCACAGAGCAUCAAAGAUUCUGAUACAGAGACUAGCAGUAGCAGCUUCCAUGAAUUUAUGGCAGGACUUAGAGAAAGAACAAUGCAGCACCAUUCCACGCAUAGCGACGAUACUGAUACAAAGACGAUGAAGCCAGAAAACACAGAUGAUGGCGGCGAGAAAACAGAGUUUGAGAGACAACAAAGCCAAAUAAUUGAGCUUUGGCAAGUAUGUAAUGUACCUUUGGUUCACAGAACAUACUUUUUCUUGCUCUUCAAAGGCGAUCCAUCCGACUUUGUUUACAUGGAAGUCGAACUCCGAAGACUAUCUUUUCUAAAAGACUCGACCGAGACAUCGAGGAAACAAACUGCCAAAGCAGUAACACGCGAGAGGGAAUGGUUAGCUAAGCAAAUACCAAACAAGUUUGGAAAGAAGGAAAAAGAAGAAGUUUACAAGAAAUGGGGUGUUGAAUUGAGCUCAAAACGGAGAAGCCUGCAAGUAACACACAAACUAUGGAACAACAACACCAAAGACAUAGAGCAUUGCAAAGAGAGUGCUUCUCUAAUAGCUACAUUGGUUGGAUUCGUUGACUCAACUCUAACACCAAAGGAAAUGUUUGGCCUCAGCUUAACACCUACAACAUUCAACAUCAAACCCUCCUCUGGCUGGAAAUUUUCAAACUCUUUCUCUCGUAUUAGCUUCACUGGAUGAUAAAUAAUGAAAGCAGAAAUAUUCAGUCUUUGUGUGUAUUGUGAAAGAUGAGUAUGUAUUGAUUGGAAUCAAACUCAAUGAACAGAGCC